GGGAGGUCGUGGAGGAUUCAGACGUGGAUAUAGGGGUCGUGGUUACAGGCCUGCUGAAACGGCUGCUAUACCCAGUUCCAACUACACAAAAAACUCCAAGGAGGGGCAGAAGAAGUAAAACAGUUUGGUGGCACGAGCUCUACAGAAGCUGAGACAAGACCAAGGAGACUGUAUUAUGAUAGUGCCACUUUGGCCCACACAGAAUUGGUGGAACGACCUCCUAGAACUGUUGAUAGACAUUCCGUACAUAAUACCAGUGACAUCCAAGGUACUUCAGAUUCCAUACACAGACAAAGUACAUCCACUGGUAGGCAAACUAAAUUUAGUUGCUUCUCGGUUAUCAGGCAAUCUUUCCAAGAUAGAAACAUUUCAGAGAGAGCUGCAGACAUUAUCAUGUCCUCGUGGAAACCUUCAACACAAAAGCAGUACUCAGUUUACAUUAAGAGAUGGUUUCAGUUCUGUAGUGAAAAACAAGUUAAUUCAGUUCAAGUUACUGUGAAUAAUGUUAUAGACUUCUUAACAAGAUUGUUUGAUUCAGGACUGUCUUAUGAAAGUAUUAAUAUUGCAAGGAGUGCAUUAUCAGCUCUAGGAAUCGUUCUUGAUGGCUUCAUUGUUGGCAAACAUCCAGUUGUCACUAGAUUUUGUAAGGGAACAUAUAACAUUCGUCCACCUAAAGCAAGGUACAAGGAGACGUGGGAUGUAAGCAAGACAAUUACUUAUUUAAAAACUCUGAUGCCACUUGAAAAAUUGUCUUUGAAAUUAUUAACUUUAAAAUUAGCGAUGUUAAUUGCUCUUACUCAAGCUUCUAGAGCUCAGUCCUUACAGCUGUUGACGUUAGAAAACCUAAGGAAAGGUUCUGAGUUUUAUGUGUUACAGUUUAAAGGUUCUUUAAAACAGUCAAAGCCAGGAAGGCGUGUACCAAAUGUUAUGUUAAAAAGUUAUCCGGAUGCAAGUUUAUGUGUUGUAAAUACAUUAAGUGAGUACAUUAAACGGACUGAACCAUUAAGGAAUAAUGAACAGUCACUGUUUAUAAGUUAUUUGAAACCACAUGCAGCUGUUACCUCAAGUACCAUAAGCAGAUGGUUAAAAACUAUUAUGAGUUUAUCUGGCAUAGACAUAUCUUUAUUCAAAGCUCAUAGUGUCAGGUCAGCUUCAACAUCGAAAGCCAAGAACUGCCAUAUUCCUAUACAUGAUAUAUUAAGUGUGGCAGGAUGGACAAAUUCACAGACUUUUGCACAGUUCUACCAUAAAGACAUUCAGCAGGAAGAGGCAACAUUUGCAGAUGCUGUGUUGUCUUGUUAA